AUGGAAGGGAAACUGGUGCAAGCGGUCACGGAGAAGAAGCCCGUCCCUGAGAUUGACUUCACCCUCCAUACUAUGGAAGAUGGCACUCAGGUAUCCACACAGGAGCGAGUCUGCAAGGAGGUGCAAGCACCGGCUUUCAACACACCCACGAACGAGCAAUUUUGGUCCAGCGAAGAUCCCACCAAGCCAGACCUAAAGUUCCUCAAGCAGCACUUCUUCCGUGAAGGUCGUCUCACAGAGGAGCAGGCACUAUGGAUCAUCACUAAUGGAGCACAAAUCCUCAGAUCAGAGCCGAACUUGCUCGAGAUGGAUGCUCCUAUUACAGUGUGCGGUGAUGUUCAUGGACAGUAUUACGAUCUGAUGAAGCUGUUUGAAGUGGGAGGUGACCCUGCGGAGACACGAUAUCUCUUCCUUGGAGACUAUGUUGACAGAGGCUACUUCAGCAUUGAGUGCGUUCUGUACCUAUGGACUCUGAAGAUAUGGUAUCCCAACAGUCUUUGGUUGCUGCGUGGUAACCACGAAUGUCGCCAUCUCACGGAUUACUUUACCUUCAAGCUAGAGUGCAAACACAAAUACUCCGAGAGGGUCUAUGAUGCUUGCACAGAGUCAUUCUGCGCCCUGCCUCUAGCCGCAAUCAUGAACAAACAGUUCCUCUGUAUCCACGGCGGCCUGAGCCCUGAGUUACACACGUUGGAGGAUCUUAAAACAAUUGACCGUUUUAGAGAACCACCAACCUACGGACUAAUGUGUGACAUUCUAUGGGCCGACCCCCUGGAAGACUUUGGACAGGAGAAAACAGGCGAACACUUCAUCCACAAUAAUGUCCGAGGAUGCUCAUACUUCUUCUCCUACCAUGCUGCCUGCGCAUUUCUAGAGAAGAAUAAUCUGCUAUCGAUUAUUCGAGCCCACGAGGCCCAAGAUGCAGGAUAUAGAAUGUACCGCAAAACUCGAACGACUGGAUUCCCAAGUGUUAUGACCAUCUUCAGUGCGCCCAACUACCUUGAUGUCUACAACAACAAAGCUGCCGUCCUCAAGUACGAAAACAAUGUCAUGAACAUCCGCCAGUUUAACUGUUCGCCACAUCCUUACUGGCUUCCCAACUUCAUGGAUGUCUUUACCUGGUCUCUACCGUUCGUCGGAGAAAAGAUCACGGAUAUGCUCAUUGCCAUCCUCAACACUUGCUCCAAGGAAGAACUUGAAGAAGAGACGCCCUUGUCAGCGUCCGAGACUCCACCUUCGCCAACUCUUCCAUCCAACGAUCCCGAAAGUACUGAGUUUAAACGACGUGCUAUCAAAAACAAGAUCCUUGCAAUUGGCCGUCUAUCCCGUGUAUUCCAGGUCCUCCGAGAGGAGUCUGAGCGAGUCACCGAGCUCAAAACCGCCACUGGUGGACGAUUGCCAGCUGGAACCCUCAUGCUGGGCGCUGAAGGUAUCAAACAGGCUAUCCACAAUUUUGAAGACGCUCGAAAGGUCGAUCUACAAAACGAACGACUACCACCAACCCAUGAAGAAGUCACUAAGCGUGCCGAGGAGGAUCGGCGACAGGCGUUGGAACGGGCUGCCCAAGAGGCGGCUAACGAUACGCAUCUGACCAAUGUCGCCCGAAGGAUUAGCAUGUCCUCUGGGUCCGGUCGACCUCGCAAGCGGGAGCCGUCAUCUUAG